AUGGAGCAGCAACAUGGUACAAAUUUGAAUGAAAUCAGAAACGUGAAAACUCCAUUUAAUCCUUUGGAGCACGAGGAAAUGUCCCAAUUGCUUAGAAAGCAAUUGGGACCAGAAUAUAUCUCCCGUCGAAGUGGGCCUGGCGGCUCAUCCGUAACUUAUCUAGAAGCAUGGAAAGCAAUUGAGCUUGCCAAUGAAAUCUUUGGGUUCAAUGGAUGGUCUUCUUCUGUUCAAAGCAUUCAUGUGGAUUAUGUUGAUGAAUCAAAAGAAACAAAAAAGUACAGUAUCGGCCUGAGUGUAAUUGUUCGCGUAACACUGAAGGAUGGAGCAUUUCAUGAAGACGUUGGAUAUGGAUCCAUAGACAAUUGUCGAGCAAAAGCGCUAGCUUUUGAAAAAUGUAAAAAGGAGGGCACCACGGAUGGAUUGAAACGUGCGCUAAGAAACUUUGGCAGUAGUAUGGGGAAUUGUCUUUAUGAUAAAACUUAUAUUCAGAAGAUAUCUAGGAUGGCAGCACCCAAGAGUGAGUUUAAUUAUUCAAAUCUUUUACAAAGAAACAGACCUCGUCGGAGGACAUCGUCUUUAAGGCCACUGUCAGAAAAUCAAAGAGCAGCAAAUGAAACAAAACAGCCUAUCAAAACUGAACAGAUUUCUGAAGGAAACUCAAACCAUCGCUUAAACAACAUGAAACGUGGAAUGAAAGAAGUGUCCGAAUCGAAAGGCAGUGAUUACUCGGGUUUACCAAACACGAGGUUGUCUCCUGAAAUAGCCCAUUCCGAAACGGAUCUGUACGCUGAUGAAGAGCUCGAUACAUUUCUUAUGCAUAAUGACCGUCCACUAGUGCCCGAAUCACCUCGAGUAGACGAUUUCGAGGAAAUGCUAGAUGAAUUGGAAGAAUCAGAUGACCCAUUGCCGCCUCAACAAGUUGUAGAUUCAUCAUUAAGUAAUGCUUCCAACAAGCCCGAUGAUAAUAUCCCUGUACAGUUCAUGAAUGCUCGAGCAGCUUUAGCAGGCGAAAGUUUAAACAAAAAUCAUAGUUUUCAAGUGCACACGACAGCUACCUCUAUUCCAAAAUCAAGUGGAAUUGAUCAUAGUCGAUCCAUGCCUACUCGUAGGCCCUUUACUCAUAAAAUAUAA